AUGGAAUCGGUUGUUUCGAGUUGUUUUGAUCCUGGGACUCGAUCUAUACAAGUUCCCAUUCAGGCACCAAAAGCUGGCCGUGUAGCAUUUGGUACAUCACAGGAGAGAGAAACGUUUCCAGAACAUGUUCCAUUCAAUAGAUUUGCUGUGAACUGUGCAUCUAUCACAGGAGUUCCUCACAUUGGACCAGGAACUUAUGAAAAUGAAGAGAAAACGAAUUUCACUUCAGUGAAUAAAAAAAAAAUCCAAAGUACCUUGGGUUAUUCUUUGGCAGCUCGGACCUCAAAACGAUUUGGUGAACAAAGAAUUGAAAAAACUCCUUGUCCUACACAUUACCAACAACAUCAUGCAGAUCCUGUGAAAUUUCGACCUGAUACCAAGCCUUUUCUUAUUGGGGUUAGUCGAUUUAAGAAUCGACUUAAAGAAUGUGAAUUUUCUCCAAGCCCAAACACUUAUAAUGUUGACACAUCUCGGAACCAAAAAGUGGUACAACAUCAAUCUUUUGGAGGUGCACCAAUCCUGAUGCCUGAUAUCACAAUCAAAAGCACUAUAGAAAAAAAUACAAAUAAACUUUACACAACCACUGAAGAACAAAAGUAUCAUCAAAAGCUGGCAUACUUGAAACUGUAUUGGUAA